AGACAAGCAAUUAUCUCGGGGCAGACUGAACGAAUAGCUUCCUGGAGACUUUUUAAAUGCUCCUGGCCAAUUAUAAAGGCUGUGUGUCCUCACUGAUACUGCCUGUCUGUGGGGUAGCCAUCACCAACUGGUGGGGCUAGGCCUGGAGCACAGUGUGUCUUAUAUAGCUUCCCUCUUUGCUUUUUCUUUUCUUGCUAUUUCUCUUAGCCCUGUAUUCUUCUCGUUUGUCUACUCCACCAGUCAGACUUUCUAAUGGUUACUGAGGGGCGCUCCCCUCCCUCUACGCAUCACACCCCACGUGAUCACAACCAGCUGCUGGUGAGAGAGGGAGAGAGAAAGUCGCUGCGACUCUGAACGCAUCAGACAUACAAAGUAAACGGGAGGACCGCUGCUCGUCUCACCCGUGGAUUCUAUUACACAACAAUCGUCGCCUUCAAAAUCCUGCCCGUGGGAUACUCUGGCUUCAUCCUGUCAGUUUGACAGUUAUAUUGCCUUUUUUUCUUUCUUUCCCUUUUUUUUACAAUCCCCUUUUCUUUUCUUCUCCAUCCUUUCUUCCCUUCUCCUCACCCCUGAGCAUCCUCUCCUGCUCGCAAGUCCUCCCGCUUGCCUCGCUAACUUUUUUCCACCCCACUCCAUCCCACACAAUCUCCAUCGCUCGCCAAAACAACAACAAAAUAAACCCGUCGACAGUCUUUCCCUCCCACAUUCCAUCCCCGAGUCCUUUUUUUUUUUUUUUUUUUUUUUUUUAGCUGCCUCCCCUCUUUGGAUCGGGUGGAACGCCGUUUGGUCAGUCUGCACGGGGGCACAGCUACAUGGGGCGCACGGUCUCGAUCGGAAAAUGGUCCGCUGUCGGGCUUUAGGCGCCCCGCUGAACCUGUCGGGAUUGGAGUUGUCGGUGCGCGCCUGCAUCCCUUGCCCACCUCCUUGCCUGUGCGGUCGGGGCCACUGAGAGAUAGACGAUGGGUCCGUCCGUGGCAGCGCAGGCACCACUAGAGGAGCGCCGACGGCCACGCCGGUGGAGCGGGACGGCCGGAGGCUGGCUCAGGAUCAUCCUCGUCUCGUUUCUUGCUACUUUACCUGUGGAGCAGCUGCGCGCCUUCCCUUCCUCCCUCAGCGACUGCCAGACGCCAACCGGCUGGAACUGCUCCGGCUUUGAUGACCGGGACACAGAUCUAUUCCUGUGCGACACCAACACAUGCAAGUUUGACGGGGAGUGUCUCAGAAUUGGGAACAUGGUGACAUGCAUUUGUGAUUUUAAGUGCAACAAUGACUACGCCCCAGUGUGCGGCUCCAACAAUAAGAACUACCAGAACGAGUGUUUACUGCGCAAGGAUGCCUGCAAGCAGCAGUCUGAAAUCCUUAUUAUGUCAGAAGGCGACUGUCCUGCUGAUGCCGGCUCAGGAUCAGGAGACGAUGGAGGAGAAGGUUCAGCAGAGACUGGGCAGAAGGAGACGUCGACCUGUGACAUUUGCCAGUUUGGGGCAGAAUGUGAUGUGGAUGCAGAGGAUGUUUGGUGUGUUUGCAACAUCGACUGUUCCCACAUCAGUUUCAACCCGGUGUGUGCCUCAGACGGUCGCUCCUAUGACAACCCAUGCCAGGUGAAGGAGGCGUCCUGUCAGAAGCAGGAGCGCAUCGAAGUCCAUCACCUGGGACACUGCCAAGGUGACAUCAACCCUGGGCACAAAGGUGAUGGACACUUCCCACGGACAGACCACACGGGGAGGGAAAACGAGGCACCGAGGGGUGGGGAGGCUCGCGGCCUGUACAUCCCCUGUCCGGAUCACUACAAAAACUACUGCGUCCACGGAGAGUGUCAGUUCCCCAGUAUUCUGGCCCAGCCCUCAUGCAGCUGUCACUCAGGCUUCAGGGGCCCCAAAUGUGACAUCAAAGAGUAUAACGUGCUCUAUGUGGUGCCAGGCUCUGGCAAACUGCACUAUGUCCUCAUCGCCUCUAUCAUUGGAGCACUCCAGGUGGUCAUCAUCUGUGUGGUGGUGCUCUGCAUUACCAGGAAGUGCCCACGGACCAACAGGAUCAACCGGCAGAAGCAGAACAAUGUCCACUUCAGUUCUGAGAACACCAUGCGCGCCUCCACUCGACUUAUCUGAGCCCUAGCACACCGGACUGAGUCCCCCCUCCACGCUACGGAGCGCAGUGGUGUUAGAUGUUCCCCUCGUAGGCCAACCCUGACAAUUAGCAUCUGCCUCCCCUCACUCCCCGCCCUCUCUCCCACUCUGAAAUUUCUAAAUGCUCACUGAAGACAGUGGCAUUGCAGAGACAGAGCUGGCACACCGGUCAACGGUGACACUCACACGUCGGGAUGAUGUCGUCACCAGUGGCCACUGCUGCCAACCUCCCUUCUUCCGCCCUUCCAGUUGCUGACGUGUCUCCUUGUACCUUUUUUCUGAGUUUUUUUUUUUUUUUUUUUUAACUAUUAUUACUAUUACUAUUAUUUUAUGAAAAACUGAACCAUUGGGUAUUGGGGGAGGGGAGCGGAAGGAAUGGGCGUUGAGAACACUGAAUGUGAUUGUGUGUGAGUGUCUAUUAGAUGUGUGCGCUUUGGUAGAGGCGGGUUAGCCGGUGUCUGUUAUUUGUAGAUGAGGGGUUCAAGCAAACCGGGGUAGUGCAAAGCAGGGUACCGGGCUUUAACAGCAGUGUGUGUUCAGUUAGGGAGGGGGGUGGGAUGUGGGGGGGUUCGGGGCUACACGUGAUGCCUUGCACCUUGUGUUAUAGGAGACCUUUGACAGAGGGCACAAUGUUAUUAUAGAGCUCUCUGUUUGGUUGUGACGAUGACGUCAGCUACUGUAUCUUGGGUUCUAUUUCCAAUAGUUAUUACUACGUUGUCUUGAUGGGGUCAUUUUUCUGUAAAUGUAAAUAA